UUCUUUCUUCCUUCUACCAAAAUCCAUUCACACCAAAAAUUGAACAACAAAAAAAAAACACCAUUUCUCAAAAUUGCAUAAAAUCAUGGUGGUUCUACCAAUGAAAAGAGAAAGAGAAGGAGAAUUUGAUAUAACAACUGUGGCGAAUUACUUAAUGUUGUUUUCACGUCAAGAAAAUCAUUUUAACACGAUGGUCAACAAUUCUCCUAAUAGAGUUUUUGAGUGCAAGACUUGUAAUAGACAAUUUAAUUCAUUUCAAGCGCUUGGCGGUCAUCGAGCAAGUCACAAGAAGCCAAGAUUAAUGGGAGAAUUGAAUUUUCAUUUGCCAAUUUCACCACCUAAGCCAAAAACACAUGAGUGUUCAAUUUGUGGGCUUGAAUUUCCUAUAGGACAAGCUUUAGGUGGACAUAUGAGAAGGCAUAGAGGUAUGUUGAAUGAAAAUAAUAGUAAUAAUGUUCAAGUUCCUCAUGUUGUGAAGAAAUCAUCAAAUAGUCCAAGAGUUUUGUGUUUGGAUUUGAACUUGACACCUUUGGAAAAUGAUUUAGAAUUCAAGUUGAAGAAGGCAAAUCCUGUAGUUGAUUGCCUUUUGUGAUCAAUGAAUAUUGGAUCCGAUCGCGAAUCUAGAAUGAUUUCUAUGAGUUCAAAUGAUUAAUUCAUCAUUUUCGAUACGUUGAACUCACUGAAUUCUAGAUUUAUUUCAGUAUUGCACAUAUAUGAUUAAAUCUCAUCUAGAUACUUAAUUAUUAGUUUGUUUUUUCUCUCUUCUAUUUUCUUCUUAUAUUAUGUAUCUUGUUCUAGAUAUGGAUUUAUUUAUUCGUUUAUAUAAGGGAUAUAGGACCCUUGGCGUUUGUGGAUGUAAUAUAUUCUACCAUAUUUAAUGUAAUUAAUAUAUACU